AUGCACCAGGUUGUCAAGCUAUAUGAAAGAUGCCUAAUUGCUUGUGCCAAUUAUCCUGAAUACUGGAUACGAUACAUAUUAUGCAUGGAAGCUACUGGUAGUAUGGACCUUGCAGACAAUGCACUUACUCGUGCUACUCAAGUAUUUGUCAAGAAAUCACCGGAGAUUCACCUUUUUGCUGCUCGAUUUAGAGACCAGCAUGGGGACAUUCCGGGAGCUCGAACUGCCUAUCAACUUUUGCAUACUGAAAUUUCACCUGGUCUUUUAGAAGCAAUUAUUAAGCAUGCAAACAUGGAACAUCGGCUAGGAAAUCUGGAAGAUGCUUGUUGUUUAUACAAACAGGCCAUUGCAAUUGAGAAAGGAAAAGAAUAUUCACCAACCUUGCCGCUGUUGUUUGCUCAAUAUUCUAGGUUUUUAUACUUGGACUGUCCUUGUUAUUCGGAUGACUAUGUGCCAUACUUGCUUAGUCAAGUUAAUGCCAUAAUGGCCGAGUUGUCUCGCCUUCUUGGUUCUGGGAAGGUGGAGAAAGCUAGGGAAAUUCUUGAGCAGGCGCUUGAGAUUGUUCAAUUUUCAAAACUACUUCUGGAGGCAUUGAUCCAUUUAGAAUCAAUUCAGUCACAUCCAAAACGAAUUGAUUAUAUAGAUACACUGGUUGAGAGGUUCAUUGUUCCUAAUAUUGAUUACCCAAAUGCUGCAAGUAUCACUGAAAAAGAAGAUCUAUCUAGCAUUUUUUUGGAGUUUUUGGACCUCUUUGGGGAUGCACAAUCCAUUAAGAAGGCCGGUGAUCGGCAUACCAAGCUCUUCUUACACCACAAGAGCACAUCAGAGUCAAAGAAGCGUCACGCGGAGGAUUUUCUAGCCUCAGACAAUUCUAAGUUACCUAAAUCUGUUGAUGCGACAUCUGCCCCAUCAGUGAUGGGUGUGUAUCCAAAUGCACCAAACCAAUGGCCAGCAGGUUAUGGUUUACAACCUCAAGCUUGGCCCCAAGGACAGCAAUGGAAUCCCAGCUAUACCCAACAGCAGGUUAUGGUUUACAACCUCAAGCUUGGCCCCAAGGACAGCAAUGGAAUCCCAGCUAUACCCAACAGCAGGUAUUUUGUGUUCCGUUAA